AAUGAAUUAAGAGUCUAUUGAUGAAUCACUUGAAAGAUUGUAAUAUAUAAUUUAUUAUCAAUAAUAGUCGAAGGGAUAGAUAAAAUAUUAGAGAUAAAAUGGCAGAACGAAAUUAAUUAUAUUAGAAAGCAGCUUAAAAUUAUUUAUCUAGUUUGUAAAGAGAAGUUGAAACUAUAAAAAGAACCAGGUAUUCAGUUUUGCAAUAAUAAUAGACCUUUGGCUGAGACAAGAAAUUAAGAAUUUAGAGAAUAAAUAGCAAAUUUAUUUAAGAGAUAUGAAGAUGGAAGUGUUAGAUUAAAAUAAGCAAUUCAAAAAACUAAUAUAGAAAAAAUCAAUUAUAAUGAUUAUUUAAUUAAGGUGUAUCCAAAUUAUUUUACAGAUGAAAAAAAAAAACUAAGGGAAGAAAAUUAACGACUAAUGCAAUAAUUAUAAGUAUUAUUUAAAUUAAAUAUUAUAGGGAUUUAGAUAAUAAGUCAGUAAUGUUCCAUUGAAAGAAAUAUAAAAUAUUGAAAAUGAAUAAUAUGAUUACAAUGAUUAAUAAAAAUUUGAUCAAUAUUUGGGAUAAGAUUAUUAGGAAUAGGAUUAUUAAAAUUAAUAAUAUCAAUUUGAAGUAUAAUAAAAAUAGCAUUUUCAAUAACCUUAAGGACUUUAAAAUUAAUCAGCUUAAUCAAAAUUAAAUCUAACUAAACAAUAAGAAUAAGACUUUUUAUCAGAGUUCUUAAUCCCUUAACAAGGGAAAAAAUGA